UCCGGCGGCCGUAAAGCGCAGACAAGAAGUGUCGUAGUGGGUGCGCAGUGAGGCAGGAGCUACAGCGGCUUGCGGCUAGGAGCAUCCUAGAACCAUGAUCGAGGUUGUGUGUAACGACCGGCUGGGCAAGAAGGUCCGUGUGAAGUGCAACACUGACGACUCAAUAGGAGAUCUGAAGAAACUGAUCGCGGCCCAGACAGGCACCCGUUGGAACAAGAUUGUUCUGAAGAAAUGGUACACAAUCUUCAAGGACCAUGUGACUCUGGGGGACUAUGAGAUCCACGAUGGAAUGAACCUGGAACUUUAUUACCAAUAGGGGUAGCACCACCCCACCCCCCAAAUCUGCACCUCUCUUCCCUUUCUAGAAGUCUAAUAAAAUAACUUCAAUGCUGGU